GGAGCCUCUGAGCAGACCUCCUCCAGCCGCUAAUGCUUGUGGCAGACGCCGCUUGGGCUUCCCGCCGCGGAGAUUCAGGCGGACUCUGCCCUCUCACGAUACAGCAGUGCUGGCGCGAAGCGGGCAGGGCUGUAGCUGUAGGAACUCUGUUCGCGGCGUGUGAGCCCAGUGCAGCAUUAUUUCAAGAUGUCUACUGUCCACGAAAUUUUAAGCAAGCUCAGCCUUGAAGGAGAUCAUUCUCUCCCACCAAGUGCAUAUGCCACAGUUAAGGCCUACUCAAAUUUUGAUGCUGACAGGGAUGCUGCAGCCCUGGAAACAGCCAUCAAGACCAAAGGUGUGGAUGAGGUCACCAUCAUCAAUAUCCUGACAAACCGCAGCAAUGAACAGAGGCAGGAUAUUGCUUUUGCCUAUCAGAGGAGAACCAAAAAGGAACUUUCUGCAGCACUCAAGUCUGCUCUGUCGGGUCAUUUGGAGACAGUGAUCUUGGGCUUGCUGAAGACACCAGCACAGUAUGAUGCCUCUGAAUUGAAAGCUGCCAUGAAGGGUCUGGGGACUGAUGAAGACACACUCAUUGAAAUCAUAUGCUCACGAACAAACCAGGAGCUUUGUGAAAUUAACAGAGUCUACAGGGAAAUGUACAAGACAGAACUGGAGAAAGACAUCAUAUCAGACACAUCUGGUGACUUCCGUAAGCUAAUGGUUGCCUUGGCCAAGGGUAAAAGGUGUGAAGAUACCUCUGUGAUUGAUUAUGAGCUGAUUGACCUAGAUGCUAGGGAGCUCUAUGAUGCUGGUGUGAAAAGAAAGGGAACUGAUGUCCCCAAGUGGAUCAACAUUAUGACUGAAAGAAGUGUCCCUCACUUGCAGAAAGUUUUUGAGAGGUACAAGAGCUACAGCCCAUAUGAUAUGUUGGAGAGCAUCAAGAAGGAGGUUAAGGGAGAUCUGGAGAAUGCCUUCCUUAAUCUUGUCCAGUGCAUUCAGAACAAGCAGCUGUACUUUGCGGACAGACUGUAUGACUCCAUGAAGGGCAAGGGAACCCGUGACAAAGUUCUCAUCAGGAUUAUGGUCUCCCGCUGUGAGGUUGACAUGCUGAAAAUUAAGAGUGAAUUCAAGAGGAAAUAUGGGAAAUCCCUCUAUUAUUUCAUCCAGCAAGAUACAAAAGGGGAUUACCAGAGGGCACUGCUCAACCUGUGUGGUGGAGAGGACUGAAAACUGUGAUGGAAGAAACCCAAAUGCAGAGAUGUGCCUUUUUUGCUCUUCAAUUUACUGUAAUCCUAGAGAAAAUUGUUUUCCUAGCUAACCUUGACUUGCCUUUCUCCCUGCAAGGCCACUGCUGUAGCAUGCUUUGUGAUGCUGUGUGCACUUCCCUGGGCAGCAGUGCUCUGCUUGGCUCUGCCCAAGGUCCUAACAGCCUUCAGCCAGAGAAACUAACCUGCCACAGAUAAACGGGGCUACACCUGCUUGUGAAAGAUGCUCCCUCUCUGUGCGAUGUUUCUAAUAAAACAUAAAUAAAACUUAAGUUUUACUUUAAGAAGACAGGUCUCUUUCAGACCCUCAUUUGGAAGCUUUGUGAACAAUUCAUAU